UGGCUAUCUACACUGACAGAGAACUGAAGAAUAACUGGAAGAAAAUCCACUCAGUUUUAUGCAUUUUUAUAAUUGCGUUGUAUACUGUUGCAGUAAUACCAAACAAGCAACAUUAUAACAUGCACAACACUGAUCCCAGGGGGAGUUCCCCUGUUUUUCUUCAGCCUCAGAAUGGGAGUAGUCACAGGUCUUCCGGCUACGUUCCAGGGAGAAUUGUUCCUCUUCGUCCAGCACCACCUCCAAAGAGCCAAGCAUCAGCCAAAUUUACCUCUGCAAGACAAGAAGCCCAUGCAACACUUGCAUCUUUACCGGAGGAGCAGCACCAUCAAGCAGAAGCCAGCAGAAAGAAAAGACAUAAAAAUACUCUUAUAUGCUUUGCCAUUUCUAGCUUUUCAUUUUUUGUUGCACUGGGAAUUAUCUUGAAAAUAUCUUCAAAAUAUGCUCCUGAUGAGAAUUGUCCAGAUCAGAACCCUCGUCUCAGCAACUGGAACCCUGGCCAAGAUACUGAAAAGAGAGUUCUCAUAAAAAAUGGGGACUUGUUUCGUCUGAAUUCAGAUGCUACAGUACACUCUAUAAUUAUACAGGAUGGAGGGUUACUUGUCUUUGGUGAUGAUAAGGAUGGUUCCAGAAAUAUUACUUUGAGAACUCGUUUUAUCCUGAUAAAGGAUGGUGGAGCGCUUCAUAUUGGAGCAGAGAAGUGUCGCUAUAAAUCCAAAGCAACUAUCAUCUUGUAUGGCAAAUCAGAUGAAGGUGACGAUAUGCCAAUAUUUGGCAAAAAAUUUAUUGGUGUCGGCCCUGAAGGGACACUGGAAUUGCAUGGGACUCAGAAGUUAUCAUGGACUCUUUUGUCAAAGACUGUAUACUCCUCAGGGCUGGCCUCUGGUCCUUAUGCAUUUGAAAGGAAAUUUUUACGAGGGCUAAAUGUGAGAGUGAUUGAUCAGGACACAGCACAGGUGUUGGCAGUGGAUAGAUUUGACACUCAUGAAUAUCAAAAUGAAAGCAAGAGAUUUCAGGACUUCUUAAAAGGCCAAGAUCCUGGUCGCAUCGUUGCUAUUGCUGUUGGAGAUUCAGCUGCUAAAAGUCUACUGGAAGAAACCAGAUUAACUAUCCAAAAUCUUCUUGGAAGUAAACUCGUCAAAGGAUUAACUUACAGGCAAGCCUGGGCUUUAGUUGGUGUCAUAAAUAGUGGGAAUUCCUCCUGUAAUGAAUCUGUGAGAGAGUAUGAAAAUCACAGCACCGGAGGGAAGGCCCUUGCUCAGAGAGAAUUUUUCACAUUUGAUGGUCAGAAGUUUUCUGUGACGGCUUUUAGUGAAUGGAAUGAAGGUGUCCCCCUCUCAGGCUUCCAGGUAGAGGCUGUUGAUGGAGUGAUAUUGGAUCUCUUGGAGGAUGUUAGUAACUGGCAGCCUAAAGAUCGGAUUGUAGUUGCAAGCACAGACUACUCAAUGUACCAAGCAGAAGAAUUUACUCUCCUUCCAUGUCCAGAGUGCAGCAGAUACCAAGUCAAAGUGAAAGAAAAUCCUCAGUUCCUUCAUAUGGGAGACAUCAUUGAUGGAGUGGACAUGAGGGCAGAGGUUGGACUUCUUACAAGGAAUAUUGUGAUCAAGGGAGAGAUGGAAGAUUCUUGCUAUGAUGGAAAUAAGUGCCAGUUCUUCAAUUAUGAUACAUUUGGUGGCCAUAUCAAGAUUGUGAAGAAUUUCACAUCUCUUCAUCUCUCUUAUGUGGAAGUAAAACAAAUGGGCCAGCAAGUGAUUGGAAGGUAUCCUGUCCACUUUCACCUCUGUGGGGAUGUAGAUGAAAAAGGAGGUUAUACCUUCAAGACUUAUUUAGAAGGCCUCUCCAUUCAUCACUGCUUUUCCAGAUGUGUGACUGUUCAUGCAACUAAUGGCUUAUUGAUAAAGGACACCAUUGGCUAUGAUACACUAGGCCACUGUUUCUUUCUGGAGGAUGGUAUUGAACAGAGAAAUAUUCUGUUCCACAACCUUGGACUAGUAACCAAACCAGGCACACUUCUUCCCACGGACAGGAAUAGCAGUAUGUGCAUUGCCAUUAGGGACAAAGUGUAUGGAAAUUAUGUCCCAGUGCCAGCCACAGACUGCAUGGCUGUUUCAACCUUCUGGAUUGCUCAUCCCAACAAUCACCUUAUAAAUAAUGCAGCAGCCGGUUCACAGGAUGCUGGAAUAUGGUAUUUGUUCCACAAGAAUUCUACAGGAGAUUCUCAUGGAUUAUAUCUUGAAACAAAAGCAGAGCUAACACCACUGGGAAUCUUCUAUAACAACAGAGUUCACUCUAAUUUUAAGGGUGGAUUAAUGAUUGAUAAAGGUGUCAAAAUCACCAAUGCCAGUGCUGAGGAUCCAAGGGAAUACCUUUGUUUGGAUAACAAUGCAAGGUUUCGACCUCAUCAAAAUGCAGACCCUGAGAAGCCGCGAGUUGCUGCUCUGAUUGACAGACUAAUCUCUUUUAAAAACAAUGAUCAUGGGGCUUGGGUCAGAGGAGGAGAUAUCCUCAUUCAGAACUCUGGGUUUUCUGACAAUGGAAUAGGUUUAACAUUUGCCAGUGAUGGAAGUUUUCCAAGUGACGAAGGUUCCAGCCAGGAAGUAUCAGAAUCUCUUUUUAUUGGCGAGAGCAAGAACUAUGGCAUCCAGGGUGGCCAAAACAAAUACUGGGGAACUGGAGGAACAGACAAUAAAAAUCGCACCCUGCCUAGAAAUCGGACAUUUCCAAUCAGAGGUUUUCAGAUUUAUGAUGGACCUGUUCAUCUUACCAAAUGCACAUUCACAAACUUUGUACCAACCCCUGAUAGAUUCACCAGUGCAAUUGGGUUCCUGAUGAAGAACUCCUGGCAGAUGACACCUAAAAACAACAUUUCUCUUGUGAACUUUGGUUCAAAUGUUUCUUUGAAAGUCUUCUUUGGAAAACCUGGUCCUUGGUUUGAAGAUGGUGAGUUGGAUGGUGACAAGAACUCAAUAUUCCAUGAUUUAGAUGGUUCUGUGACUGAAUAUAAAGACACUUAUGUUGGCAGAAUGGAUAAUUACUUGAUCAGACAUCCAAAGUGCAUCAAUGUUACAAAAUGGAAUGGAGUGAUCUGCAGUGGGACGUAUGCACAGGUGUACAUCCAGACAUGGAACCCACAGAAUCUUACUAUGACCAUUGUACGUGAUGAAUACCCAAGCAGCCCCAUGGCACUUCGAGGUAUUAACCAGCGAGCUGCCUUUCAACAGUACCAGCCAGUAGUGAUGCUUCAGAAGGGCUAUACAAUACAUUGGAACGGACAGGCUCCACAAACCACUUUUCUUUACAUCAUUAACUUUAACAAGAAUGAAUGGAUCCAGGUUGGUCUUUGUUAUCCAUCAGGUACAACCUUUCAAGUCACAUUUGAUGUCUUCCAAAGGGCAUCUGGAUUCUAUAGUAUUGGAGAAUAUGCUGCUGUAUCUUCCAUAUCAGAACUGAAGAAGCAUCGAUCAGAGAAAAAGUUUUAUUUUGACAACAGCACAGGAUUACUGUUCUUAUAUCUUCAAGCCAAAUAUAACCGGGAGGGUCAUAGUUAUUGUUCAUCUCAGGGAUGUGAAAGAAUCAAGAUUCAAGCCACACUUUGGUCAAAAGAGAUCAGCAACUGCAUGACAAAAGCUUAUCCAAAGUACUAUGAAGCACCAGCUGUUAUAAAGCCAAUGCCAGGCAAAAUUACUACACCAUGCAAAAACUGUGGCACAAAUCAGAUGCCAUUCACCAGUGAUCCUCACAGAAACUACCUCUUUGUACAGAUUCAGUCACUGAGUAAAGCAGAGUUACGAAGUGGUCAUCAAUCAUUUAUCUCUGUCAAUGGAAAUAGGUAUCCUUUCAAUGAUGUUGGUGUAUUCACUGUAGUAGUUGAUGCCUGUGGUGGCACAGUGACAGAAAAAAAGUUGUUUCUUCAAACAGAUGUUAAACGCAUGGAGGAGUAUCUAAAAACUGGAAUACCACAAAGGUCAAUAAUUUUACUGAGCACAAGAGGGGAUAUAAGAAACCUUAAUAUUUCAGAAGCCUUAAUGUCCCUGGGGACAGCCAAACCAGCAUAUCUUCAAAAUAAGGGCAGCAUAGCAUUCUUGGGGUUCAGAGGAAACUUUAAGCCAUCCUGGACUAAGCUGUUUACCAGUCCUGCUGGACAGGGGCUAGAUCAGAUCGAAAAAUUUAUACCUAUACAACUGGAAGAAUAUGGCUGCACCAGAGGGAAUGUGAACCGAUGGAAAGAUGUGGAACUGUUAAAGCAGGCUUCAAGAGCACAUUAGAGACUGAUGUACAUAAGUGCUGGAAAAAUGUGAACUAACUUAUUUUAAUUUAUGGCAUUUUAAACUAUUCCAUUAUCCCAAGUAAACAAUUUUAAACUUUUGAUACAGACUUAUGCCUACAUUGACCGCUUGAAUGCCAGUCUGUGCACCUUCUAGUUGUACAAAAUAUUAAAGAAUUUAUAACUAUUUGUAUAAACAGGUUUUUUGGAGAGAUUUUCAGACAUUUGUAUUUGCUGUAAACAGUUUUAUUUUAUUUUAUACUUUUUUGUAUUCCUGGGAGUUGUGGGUGUCCAUAGGGAUAAGUUGUUUGAUAGCAAAUAUUGGAGUGCACCUUGAAUUACUUGAAAGAUUUUUUUAACAUUAAAAUAUCUGUCUCAGAAGAUGUUUGAAUUGCUCUUUUACACUAUCUUUAUAUUUCCCAUUUUUUCUCUGUGGAUUGACACAUUCACAAGAUCCAUGCCAGCCUGAUUAUGGGCUGUACCCACUUCCUUAAAUAUUAAAGAGUGUAAGUCCUUUUCCUCACCCAUCUUGAUACAAAGAAUGAGUUUACAAGUCAUAGUGUAAUACCAUGCAGAGAUACCUCAAGCUGGUUGUUUCCAUGCUAACUCACAUAUUGGAGUCUACACAAUAUAAGGCAGUGUUGUGCAGAGGUACAAGGGCUUACUCCAGGACCAGAAAUAUCAUAAUCAUGUUAGCACAAGGCUCUGCCUAAACUGAUUACUUUUGCCCAAAAGAAGAGUGUUAGUGGCCUUGUCUACACAUGGGCUUAACUGCAGAGUAGACUAAUUAGCUAUAAAGUGUCACUAUUUAUAUGUGCAACAGCAUUAGGCUUCAGUAAACGAAUUAAUGCCACAGUAAAGAUAGUGCUACUAUCUUACGCUGGGGUUAUUUGCUGUAAUUAAAAGCAUGCGUAGACACUGGCCCUGAGCAUAAAUUGCACCUGGUUAGCCCACCCAGCCGGAUGCCAGACUCCUGCCUGCCAUUUAGCCACACAGCUCUACAUUUUCAGAGCACCUUUGUGCUCCAGCCAGCUCCAACGCUGCUUGAGGCUGACCCUCCUUGCUAGCCCGGGCCUGCUCUGUCCUGGCUCAUUUUGCUGCUGUCCUGGGCACACAUUCAGAUGCGCCCAGGAGUAGUUUACUUUGGCUCAAAUUGCUACUAAGUUUAUUGCUUCGUAUAAUUGCAUGUGUAGACAUACCCAGUGUUUUGCUAAUGUGUUAUAUUACUUCCCUUUCUAUAGCUAGUACAUGCCAAGCUAACCUGCGUAUCUGUGUGACAUUGCUUUGUAUCACAUGUACCAUGGUCUCAAUUGCAGUAAAACUGGGUGUAGUUCUAGUGCACCAGAGGUAAGGAGGGGAAGGAUUCCAGGAACUAACAGACAGCUGGCAUAUUUUAAUGAUGUAUCUAAACUCUGCAAGGGCCACCUGUAACCCCAGUGCAGAAAAUAUUAGCAUGAUCUGUAAGGAGGCCUCACUGUUUUAUGCUGAGCUAUUGGGCACUCACCCUGGUUGUUUAAUGGUGUUGCCCUAAUGCUGCAAAAGCAGCUAGGGCCUAGGAUAGGAUUUUGUUCUAUUAAAUUUUAGACUCCUAGUCUGCAUAUUCAGCUACACCCUGAAAACCAAGUAAGAGUUGCAGUUAAAAGCUUCAGACUACAAAACAAAUGAAUGGAAGCAAAAGAUCUCUGACCUGUGCUUUACAGGUUAAACCUUUUAUUUUUAUUACUGUUUUGAAGUUGGUGGGAAAGAUCCUUAGCUCAAACUCUUGAUCUGCUUUAUUUGGAUUGGCUUCCCAUGCAGCAACAUGAUGUACAUUUUGAUUCAUCUCACGGUUUAAUUGGGCAGUUUCUUCCCUUUUAAUUCUGAUUUUUGCAAUAUAUGCAAGUGGAUACUUCCCCCUUAGUUUUACAUUGGGUUUGUUUAGGUCCUCCUUGUUUUUCGUGUUCCUGUUGUCAAGAACAAGCUGCAAGCUGUAAGACGCAUACUGAAGGUACUUAUUUCUGUGAGGCUGCAAGUUCUUUGGUGAGU